AUGAGAAGGAAAACUUGUUCCAAUGAAAAAUUUAUUGUUAUACAUAAAGAUCGAUUCAUAUCAAAAGAUGUUGAAUCAUUAAAAGAUUUUGUUCGAGAAACACGUAAAGUAACAUUAUCUCAAGAUCGUAAACUUUAUGGUGUUGAAAUGCGCGUUGAACCAAAUUAUCCAAUAUUAGGCAAAAAAGCUAGUGCUAAAGUUAAAUCAAUAAUUCAACAAAUUCGUGACAUGACUGAUGAAGAUAUUGAAAAAUUGUUAUCGAAAGAUCAAAAUGAAGAUCCAUUAACAACAAUUGAUAAUGUUCUUAUUGAAUCGGAAGGUAUUCAUAUUGUUUAUCGUGUUGCCAAAUGA